AAGGCGAUUGUCAUAUGAUAGCUAAGAAGUGGCACAUUAAUGAAGCGCCGCUACAGGGGUCUUUUCUGCUCCUGUCACCGCUUAAAACUAUCAGAUGGUUCGAGGGAGGACAUGGAGGCAGCCACCUAGCUCAGCGGAGACGCGGAGCCCACAGCAGCGCCCUCCGGAGCCCUAAGACGUCGCUGCCACCAUCCGCGCCGGGACUCCGCAGCCGAGCUCGGCCGCCCGCAGGACGCUCCAGGAGCGUCGCGGACCGGGCGGCACAGGACGCUGCGGGGCUGAGAUCAAGAGCCCAGGUUCGCGCCGAGUCCAACCGGACCCGGACGCUGUGCGCGGAGUGCGUGCCGAGAGAGAAGCGGCGCGCAGCGGCGCCCUCCCGGAUGCGGACGCGCAACUUGAAGCAACUUUAAGAUCCAAGCAGUCCGCCGGCCCGCGCGGACCCAGAGCAAGAAGAGGGCGAGGAAGAAGAUGCCUCGGCCCGGCCGCAACACGUACAGCGACCAGAAGCCGCCCUACUCAUACAUCUCCCUGACCGCUAUGGCCAUCCAGAGCUCUCCCGAGAAGAUGCUGCCGCUGAGCGAGAUCUACAAGUUCAUCAUGGACCGCUUCCCCUACUACAGGGAGAACACGCAGCGCUGGCAGAACAGUCUGCGCCACAACCUCUCCUUCAACGACUGCUUCAUCAAGAUCCCGCGGCGGCCGGACCAGCCAGGAAAGGGCAGCUUCUGGGCGCUGCACCCCAGCUGCGGGGACAUGUUCGAGAACGGCAGCUUCCUGCGGCGCCGCAAGCGCUUCAAGGUGCUUAAGUCCGACCACCUGGCGCCCAGCAAGCCAGCCGACGCGGCGCAGUACCUGCAGCAGCAGGCCAAGCUGCGGCUCAGCGCGCUGGCGGCCUCGGGCACGCACCUGCCACAGAUGCCCGCCGCCGCCUACAACUUGGGCGGCGUGGCGCAGCCCUCGGGCUUCAAGCACCCCUUCGCCAUCGAGAACAUCAUCGCGCGGGAAUACAAGAUGCCUGGGGGGCUGGCCUUCUCCGCCAUGCAGCCGGUGCCCGCUGCCUACCCGCUCCCCAACCAGUUGACUACCAUGGGCAGCUCGCUGGGCACCGGCUGGCCACACGUGUAUGGCUCCGCCGGCAUGAUCGACUCGGCCACCCCCAUCUCCAUGGCGAGUGGCGACUACAGCGCCUACGGCGUGCCGUUGAAGCCUCUGUGCCACGCGGCGGGCCAAACGCUGCCCGCCAUCCCCGUGCCCAUUAAACCCACGCCGGCCGCCGUGCCCGCGCUGCCUGCGCUGCCAGCGCCCAUCCCCACCUUGCUCUCGAACUCGCCGCCCUCGCUCAGCCCCACGUCCUCGCAAACAGCCACCAGCCAAAGCAGCCCCGCCACCCCCAGCGAAACGCUCACCAGCCCGGCCUCCGCCUUGCACUCGGUGGCGGUGCACUGACCCGCAGGAGCCGACGCCCCCUCUCGUUCUUCUCCCCACCACCUCACUCGCCUUCCCUGGCUCCCAGUCCUGCCGGCCCCAACCUGGGACCGCCACCCUAACUUGUCCAUUUUACCUUCGGCCAACCCGCCUUGCCCCAAGAGAACUUUGUUUUGGACCCAGGAGACAAAACACAAACUUGCAGAUGGGCCGGGAGGCGCGUGGGAGUUGUCCUCGCCCCCACGUUAAGGAAGGCCGGGGCCACCUGAGCCGAGCCAUCCCCUCCCUGAGGCCCCGAAACCCCUUCCUAUUUGACCGGCGAGGGAAACCCUGUCACCCCCUCUUCGCUGAGAAAAGCGCGUCUUCCCUCCGCCCAGAUCGGCGGAGCCCCGAACUCUGCGCAGUUUCAAGACUAGAGAAACUGCCUCAGAUGUUUCCAGGAACAGAUUCCCCCCCACACCCCCUCCCCGCGAGGGCUGCAACAGCGCAGGGGAGGGCCCGAUCUCUUUACGUCUUGGAAAUCUGCAGCAAAAAGGAGCCACUAAUCUUCCUACCCCACUCGCCUCCGCCCAUCCGGCAGGGGCUGGGCCGACCACAGCUUCCCGGGGUUGCGGCCCUGCCUCCUGGGCUUCUGCGGAGAUUUUGUUGUUGUUUGGGGUUUUGUUUCCUUCCAGAGGCUCCAGGCGCUGGGAGUUAAAAAAGAGGCUGCCAAGCUGAGAAGGCGACGCUCGUCCUCACACAGCAAAACAAAACUAAAAGUAACCUUGUAUUGUUUACAAAGCGCCCAGUAAUAUGUAAACAGUGAACUUGAAUCUGUCUUGCUAGGCGGACGAACGGGCAAAGCCCACAUUAUAAGUACCUGUUGUAAUGUGAAUGUUUACUCUUCAUUUCUGGCCAGGUUUAGGGGAGGGAAGUGGGGAUGGGAAAGUUAAUUGGGAUGUUAACUUUCCGGUGACUUAGAGACCUUUUUACCUAUUUAUUUUAUUGUUGAAAAAAAAAAAAAAGAAGGAAAGAAAAUGAAAUAAGCCCAAACCAAGAAAGCAUCAAGGGCAACCCGGGAAGAACUUAGAUAAGCUGACUGGUAACAUGAAGGGAUGUCACCGGAUAGCUCUCCCACGGACAAGUCUUUCUGUUUGCUACCAGAAAAUUUCCAAGAAGCUAAAGGGCUGCAAAGAGAUGUAAAUACUUGUGAAUAGGAAUGAUUAUACACUGUGUAAAAUGCACUUUUGUUUGCUGUAUUCCUUUAGAAUCUUAGAUAAUUGGCUGGAAAACGAACUGUUGUUCUGGUGUGACCUGCUUAAGUUAAAAAAAAAAAAAGUUGUAGUGUCAUCAGAGCUGUAAAAUUUUUACCUUUCACUUUUCCCUCCCUGUACAAAAUUAGCAUGGCAUUUUAAAUAUUGAUGUUCUUGUUCCCAGCAUGCCUGUUUUAAAACAAAGGAUUUUAAAAAAAAAGGUGUCUACAUUAAAUUAUGACCUAGUCCAAAUAAUAUUUUCUCAUUAAAAUAUGUAAAUUCAAA